AUGAGGGAUUUAUGUGAGGUGCGGCGCGGCGGGGGCAAGCGGGGCACGUGGGGCAUGUGGGGCGCCGCGGCGGGCUGGUGGUGCGGUGCGCUGGCGGCCGCGCUGCUGCUGCUGCUCGCGCUGCGCUGCCGCCGCCCGCGACACAAAGUUGUGUACGACGCCUCGUGGGCUCCUCGCGCUACAUUCAUUCAUCAGGUGCACAUUGUAAGCGGCAGCAAGGCUUACGUAUCACACGCCACUGUGCCGGAGCCACGUUGCACACACACGAAACUAGCCGGCGCUCCCUCCGACCGCGUAGUACCUACGCCCUCCAACGAUCUCACUCCUACAUCACACCCUGAUCCUCCUCAAAUCAUCAUUGUUCAGAAUUUCACUCAAAACACUGUUGCGCAAGAAGCAUCCAGCUCCGAGUCUCGACCUCCUCCCCCCUCCUGUGCCCCGACUUCCGCCCCCAGACUAUUGGUUGCACAAACGACACUUUGA